AUGGAAGCAUUCAAAGUCCUUCACAAGCUGACGGGAUACUUCAUGAUUCUACUUAUUUUAACUUCGCUACUAAAAGAUCUACCAGUAAGCUGUACCAGUGGUUCUUCGUAUUCUUUAAAAAUUAAAAAAUAUGUCUGCAUCGAUACGCCGUAUAAAGUAUCGACACUUCAUUCGUGUAAAAGUAUCCCGCGAAGAAACGCACCCACAUUGGUUAAUGUGUCCGUAAAUGUCCCAAACAUAUACGAUAACGUUAUGGUGAAAGUUGUGUUGUUCUACAAAUUCAGUACCUAUCAACCGUUCCUGAUUACCAUAGAAGGAAACGGCUGUGAGUUCAUACGACAUCCGCCACAAUUUGGAAUUGAAAAGCAUGUGUACGAUAUUAUUGAAGAAACAGCUCCAGAACUACUAGUUCCUUGUCCAACGGGCAAUCGUACCUACAACAUUACUUGGUACCUUCAAGAUCGUCACGCACCGAAGAACAUUCCAGCAGGGGAAUACAAACUGCAAUUUAAAUUGAUAGCCCGACCCGAUGUCACUUUAUUUGCAAUUGAUGUAUAUUUCGCAGCUCGUAAUACUGGAAUCGUUUCCGCAUUUAAGAAUCAUUGA